GUCUUUUUUACGUAUAAUUAAUUAGAGUACGUUAUGGCUGAUCAUCAAGUAUCAAUGCCUAUUCAUUGAUAACUAACAACUAACUUAACUAUCGCUACCAUCCCAUAACUAAUAACUAAUCCAUCCAUAUUAAGAUUCAGCUUCCGUCCUGACCCAACCUCGUCGUUUGCUUCUUGCUGAAUUAGUUGUUGUUGCUUGAUUGCUUGAUCGCUUUUCUGGUUAUUUUAUUUUGACUUCGUGGGCGGCUGCCUGCUUUGCUUUAAAUAAUUGCGUGGUUUAUUAUUAUAAUUAUUGUUGCUAUCAUAUCCGAUACCUCCAGUUCCACUACGACAGCGGCGGCGGCGGGCGGACGAGGGGCUAAGGUAUUAUAUUAAUGGUUCAUUAGCUCAUGACCAGUUCCAGUUCUUGCUCCUCUUGCCUGCUCUGGUUCCCCAUCUCCGUUCGUCUCCAUCCACCAUCCACCAUCUUCCCUUUCUUUCUAAUUCCCUCUUCACUCUUCCUCUUCCUCUUCCUCACCUCUUUCGCUUUCACCCUUCAGACUCGGAAUCUCGAUCACUUUCGCUCCGCCUCCUCCCCUCCUCUCUUUCCCCCCCCCCCCCCCCCCCCCCCCCCCUCGCCCCCGCACCUCUUCCCUCUGCAAUAUCAAAAGAUGAGUGUUGAGUCUUCUUUUUUUCUCCCUUUCUUUCUACUCCCCUUUUUUUUUUCUCUCGAAGAAAAAUCCUCUUGUGUCCUGGAAGUGAGCCAUUUUAAGGUUCGAGAUGGUGCGAGUCCAUCCGUGGACUGCCCGUUGGGUCCUGGUGUCAUCAUGAAUCACACCAGAGGAUCAGACAACAUAGACAUAUUUCAGAAGCAGCGCAAACAAGCAGGGCAACAACACCGGCGGGGAUAUCAUCCUUGAUUCGGCCUGCUCUAUAAGCGUAGUUCCCCAUCAAUCGACACAACCAUAUCUAUACAUACCUAUAUCAAUCAACUCACCGCUC